AAUGGUUGAGCCAAAUCGUGUCCAGAGACCUUCGAUUGCAUUUUGACAGUAGUAGCAGUGUCGAAAUGAAUCUGAUACUUACCGGGAUACUGGCAUUUCUUGCCUGGACGGCAACUGCUGAACUUGAAAUCGUCUACAAUUGGACAUACGUUAACUAUACUUGGCCAAAUGAUACCAGUGAGGAGACCGCGGUGGCCGCUGGAAAGUAUAAUACCACAAACAUCAUUGUAUGUGAUUUCGACGUCAUAGGUAUUUAUAACAGAUUCGUCAAUACUAAUCUGCAGCCAGUUAUUAAUGGUCUUCCAGGUGAUGAUGUAUUUGUCGUAACUCCAAGAUACAACGAUAAUCCUGCCAGUUUGUCAAGGGUUUCGAAUCAGACUGGCGACGGCGGUCCAUUGCUCGAGCCCUACCCAAGUUGGGAUUGGCAUACGUCAGAAAAUUGUAGUGGGAUCACGAGUGUUAACAGGAUCGCUAAAGACAAUUGCAAUAGGCUGUGGAUGGUCGACUCUGGAAAAAUAGGAGACGACCAGAUAUGUCCUGCGCAGUUAUUAGCGUUCAAUGUAACAACCGACAACUUAUUGUUACGUAAAGAGGUUUCAGAUAAUUUGACACACAAUUCACAAGAUUCAAGUAGAGGGUGGAUUGAGAUACAGCAAGUCAUAACGGAGGGAGACUCAUGCGAAAAUGUUACGGUUUUCAUGGGGGACCCAGAAGGAUAUGGUAUGGUUAUUUGGAAUGGUGUGGACAUGUGGCGGAUACAAAAAGAGUUUUUCGCUCCGAACGAAACUGGCUUCGACAACGACACCGUUCUCAGAAAGGAAUGGGGAAUUUCAAAUUAUGUUUAUUUGCCGAAUACAUUUGCCGUGGGACCAUUCUUAAUGUUUGGCCCUUUGCUUUCCUACGAAAUAUAUGUAGUACCAGUGUCUGAUCUGCGUAACGAAGACUCUAAUAUCACGUUCUACAAAAGUAACCGUACAUUACCGACUAUGGUGACUACCAGGAUUGUUACCGAUUCAGGUAUCUUAAUGGGCGGCUAUGUUGGAUGGCAGUGCAUUACCUGUUGGAACGUACAAAAUCCUAUUGCACUGGAAUACAUUGUCAAUCUAACUGGGAAUUCUCUCGGACAAGACACCUUUUCCGCCAAAUCAGUAAAGAGGUCAGAUAGCGACAACGAGGAAUACUGGCAAAUAACCAGCACCGUGCCAAAAUACUCUCCGUUCACCUUGAACAUCAGCAAUAUAAAUUUCGUUAUUUCCUAUUCGGAUGUGGUUUCCCUAGUAAACGGAACAGCAUGCGAAGUACAGGAGACCAGCUCUAAUCGUACCAUCGGAGAUACAAAUUUCUUGCCGUACGAGGAUUGAU